CGCUCAGUUGCGUUUGAGUUGCGAGCACGGUUUGUCGCUUGAUCUCCACUCUCAGUGAAUCUCUGACUCCACGGCGGCGUCUUUUGUUUUUCUCUGUGUGUGUAGUGUAGUGUAGUGUCUUGUUUAUGUUAAUCCGAUAUUUAUAUAUACAGGCGAAAUAUUGCAAAUUUAGCAAUAAAUUCGCCCAAUUUAUCGGAUUUCGGUUUUAGAAGCGUGAGACCAGCAAGCAGAAGGCAGUGGUAAAAUAAAAAUGAGUGUGCAGCAUAAGUGAUCGCUUCGAAGUGGAUGAAGUUAAAGGGUCAAACCGGUUUUCGGACAACAGCAACAUGGAGUUGCCACCAACAGCAGCAGCAGCAGCAACAACAACAAAUGUCUCGGCAUCCUUGCAACGUGUCGCCUUGGAAUCCGGUCUUGGUCGGGAACGGGAACGGGAACAGGAACUGGGAGCAGCUGGUCCGCCUGGCCAAAUGAUGGCUCAUCACUAUCAUUAUAUCCAGUAUCCGGCGCAGCAGCAACAGCAGUUGCCUCAACCACAACUGCCCUGCCAAUGUCCCUGCUCCUGUGGCCGGGCACCACCUCCUCCGCCCUCCAAUCCCGCCCAGAAUGCCUCCAUGGCCGUGGCUGUGUUGGUCCACCAACAAACCCCCAGUCAGCAGGAUCCGGCCAGGAGUUCCCCCAUCAAAACGCAGUCCGCCCAAUCCCUGCUCAAUCAUUCCUAUCAGGCGCUCCACGAGGAGCAUCACCAGCAGGAGCAGCUCCAGAUGGACUCCUCCGUCGGAGCUGGGAGCUGUGAUUGCGACCUGGAAUGCACCUGCCCAGCCACUGGAGGCAACUCCUCCUUGGCCCAGCACAAGAGAAGUCUGCUGGCGGACGCCAUGCUGGGUGCGGAUGAGAUCACGGUCAGUGAGUCCGACAACAACAGCACCAUGAUCAAGAAGAAGAAACCGCGAUCUGGCGGAGGAGCGGGUCAGCUUCCGCCCAAGUCCCAGCCCACGGGUGAUAGUUGCAACGAUAUAUACCACGACACUGAGCUGGAUGGCGGAGGAGGCGGUGCAGUGACAGCCUCUCCUGGUUCGGGCAUCAAGUCCCAGAUCUUGGACGAUAAUCGCCCACCGCUGCCGCCACGCCCACCGCCCAGGCCACGGAGCAAUGCAAAUGGUUCCAUAGUACAUCGCCAUGGAGCUGGGAUCAAGAAGUAUGUGGUGUGGUGUCUCAUCUGCGGCGGUUUCAGUUGCCUGCUGGGCGUACUCUUCCUGGGCGUCUACUUCCUGCUCCAUUCGUACACCAUCACGGUGGGUAACUUUGAGACGGUGCCCACCUUUGUGCCCGCCACUUUGCUCAUCCUCACGGGCAUCUGCAUCAUGAGUUUGGCCAGGCGCAGGAAUCGCUAUAGUUAUUUGAUUAAGUUAUCUGGAGCUUGUGGCCUGGUUUCCGCCUUAACCUGCGCUUUGGUCACCGUGACCACCACUGUGCUGCACAUGAGUCGUCUGCAGGCGCUGAGGGAAUGCGAAUAUGCCCAGAAGACGAGGACCUGCACCUGUUACUCAGACCUCAUUGAAUCCCAGGUGGAUCGGGUGGACAAGGAAGGAGUGCGCCUGGUGUUCGACUCCCUUUCGGAUUGCGGCGUGGUCCAUGGCUCCUUGUACUCCUGUUUGAGGGCCAUCUUUGGCCUGUCCGUGGCCGGAGUACUCAUUGCGGUCUUCAGCUGCAUGUUGGUGUACCAACUUUUGAGUCACGAAAGGAAGAAAAUGUACUGGGAGCAGCUGGAGUUGCGUUGCAGAUCUCUGUACGCCAGUCAGGCUCCACCUCCUGCUAUGGGUCCUGGCCGGAUGUUGAACUGUAGAUGCUGCGAGCAGUGCCACGCCCAUAGGCAGUUGACGCUGCCGCUGCAGGCUACCGCCUAUCCGUGGGAUGAGGCCACAGUGGCCGCCGCCGCAGCAGCAGCCGGUGCCGGAGGAGGAGGAGGAGUUGGAGGCGGCGGAGGAGAGCAGCGAUUCUGGACUGCCCAGCCGCCGGGUAACUUCUACUCGCCGAAUCCCGGCGGAGGCGAGGAUGCAGUGGGUGGCUGCCGGAGUGGCGAACGCGGAGCAGGUCGCUCCAACAGCGGCUGGAGCUGGCCACGAAUGCCCUGGCAGCGAACCACUCCGGACACGGGGCGCAGGUUUCGCCAGGCAGCCGCCAGUCCUGACUCCCAGUACGGGUUCAGUUCAUCGACGGCCAUGCAGGGCAACCAUGAUGGCAACCAGAUGCUGAUCGAGGAGCCCGUGGUGGCCGCCGCCUACGGUGGCAUGCCCCCGCCAAAUGCCCUGCCCUACGGAGUUUGGGGUCCUCCACCGCCGUACAGUGAUCCCAAUAGUCCGGCUCGUCGUGGCUACUACCAGUAUCUGCAGCCCACAGCCUGUCUGGUGGGGAACCCUGGAACAGUGGCCGUCACCCUCACCCAGGAGCAACUGCAUCCCAACCUGCAGCAUCAGCAGCAACAGCAGCAGCAGCAAUUGCAGCAACAGUUGCAGCUGCAACGCCUGCAAGUGCAAUCUGGAACUCUGGAGCGAAUGGAUGGCCUCAGCAGUGCUGGCAAUGUGAGCACCCUGGUGGCGGCCACACGCUCCUCCGCCGCCUACAAGUCCAAGGCGGAGUACGAGAACACGCCAUCGGACAGCGAUGGCGGUAAUCCCAGGGAGCGAGAACGCUGCUCCAAUACGCUGCCCACAAGGAAGCUCAAGAAGCGCCUGGAGGCGGGCACUGGAGCCAAGAGCAUUGGCCCACAGAGUAAUCCCGGCCAGCAAUCGCGACCCAAUGUCCAACAGCUGUUUGCCAAGCAGGCAGAGCAGGUUACGCAGCAGACAAAUCCUGGACAGCAGGCACAACCUCAAACGGCGGGAGUGGAGAAUAGUGGGUAUCAGGACUCCAAUGGAGCCAUAGCCAAGGAUCAGGCAGUGGGCACAGAUCCCGCCGAGUCCGAGGUGUACUUUGCCGACGUGAGCAGCUGCUGCAACAUGUCCGUGAAGAACGACAGCUACUAUGACAAUGCCCAGCGGCACCAAGGGCACCAUCAUCACCAGGCACAGGCACCGGGACACCAUCAUCAGCAUCAGCACAGUAACUGCAGCCACAGCAGCGGGCAGAGCAAUGAGGACUACCUGGCCCAGCGGUUUGGUCGUGGCAGGGAGCACUCCGUGAGGAGUAGACUGCCCAUUCCGCAGACCAGGCGGGAGGAUGACUAUGAGACCUCCAACCUGAACAUGCCCACGCUGAAGGAGCAGCAGCAGCAGCACCAGCAGCUGCAGAAGGAGAUCUCGCGCCAGAGCAUGUGCUCCGUGGAGUCGGAGGCCAAGACGGAGUUCACCGAUCUCUCGCCCUCGACGCCCUGCUCCGGUAAUCUUCCCCUGCCGCUGCCGCUGCCACCGCCGCCGGCGAACUUUGCCAGUGAUCCUACUCCUGCUCCGACGACGACAAUAACUGGAGGUCAGCAGUCGUCGCCCAGCUUUGUGGCCUCGUUUCCCUACUCCUCGGAAUCGCAAUGCCUGGAGGCACAUCGUCGUUCCACCAAGAACAUCCACGAGCUGCUGAUUGCAUCGACUGGCGGCGGCGAUUCGCACUACGAGGUGAUCAACGACCGGGGUGUCAAUCCCUACCAGCUGCAGCGAUCGCAGCAGCAGGCCAAGCACAAGGCCAAGUCGAAGACGCGAUCGCGGGAGCAGCUGGACAUCUAUGGCAGCGGAACCGAGCGCUCCGACUGGUCCUCCUCGGAUGGAGGUCGCUUGUGAGACACCGACGACCAGGAGGUAUUCGUCUAGCAGCGGUUUCACCUUCAUUAUAUUCUCUAAGGAUCAGUGAUGGGGGGUAAAGGGGAAUCAAAUGAUGAUGCCAAGUACUGAAUUUAACGUCUAUUUCUCAGUCUUCUUAUAUGGCAUAUGGUAUAAGUAUCAUAUGGUAUAAGUACCAUAUGGUAUAAAUUUCAUAUAAUACGAGCUUCAUGUUAUAUAUAUGGUGUAUAUACAUUGUGAUACUGAUUAUAUAUGUUAGCACCAAAUAAUAUUUAUUUCAUAUUAUACUUACACCAUAUGAUAUGGUAGCAUAUGGUAUAAAAACCAAACGGCAUAAAUAUUAUAUGGUAUAAAUAUCAAGUUGUAUAUAUAUUAUAUGGUAUAAGUAUCAUAUGGCUAAAUAUCAUAUGGUAUAGGUAUCAUAUGGAAUAAGCUCUAAAUUCAAAAUGUAUUCCUCAGUUUUCUUAAUAAUCAUAUGGAUUAAAGUAUCAUUUAAUUAUUUGGGUAUAUAAACCAUAGCCCAGAUACUUUCCAUUUGAAAGCCCGAAGAUGAAAUAUUCAAAAAUACCAAAACAAAAUCUAUUCCUCAAUCUUCUUAUCCAUCAUAAGGUAUAAGAUUCAAUCAUUUAAUUAGGUAUAUACCCUAUAUACCUCCCAUCACUGCCGAUAGAGCCACCACCUUUCGUUAAGAAUCGUCGCAUUUGUAAUGUUUGCCAUCCAAAAAGGGAACUCUAUUCUUUUAAAAAAUAUCCUCUUUCUCUCCCAAAACUAUCGAAGGUCCCAAGGGGUCCCCAAACACUUUGCUUUAACUAUUUUACGCGAUAUCCUUUGCAUAGUUUACAUAGAACACAUAUGUAUAUUGUAUUACUUAACACAUAUGGUAGCAUUGAAUUGAAUGUUGACAAAUUGUAGCAAUGAUAAUCUAUGGAUAUUAUAUAUACAAAUUAUGUUA